AUGCAGCCAAAGUCCCUCCUCGUCCUUCUCACCGGCGUCAUCGCUGCCGUCGCCGCUGCGCCCACUCCGGAGCCCGAGCUCCAGGACCGCGACGAAGUCGAAGCCAGGUCCAAGUCCUGGACGGCCGAGGGCGGAUGCAAGACCGAUUGGGCCGACCGAUGCAAUGCCCAAUGCAUCGGCGAGGGCGUCAAGAAGCACGGGUGCACGAAGAGUGACGUCAGGUCGGUAGGUGUCGGGGAACAAGUCUCUGCGGGGGAGGACACCUCCAACAACCCGGGGACUCUCCAAUUUGUCGGUCUUAGUGGUGACCAGGACCCUUUCAUUCUGCAAUAUUGCCCGACGAAGCGCGUUCAAGGCAUCGACGGCAUCCAAUGGACUUGCCAGCGCCUCGGCAACGACCCGCGAUUCCCGGCCAGCUUUACGGCGGUGCCUGACCAACAUCUGGACGCCCGCCCCAGCUAUUAUCCCGUGGCCCGCAUACAGGAGAUAGCGUCACCUCACCACGAUCAACUGGUUAACGCCUUCUUCGAAGUCGUCCAUCCGGCCCUCCCGAUCCUGGAUCCACAGUCGUUUUCCUGCUCAACGGCUUGCUCAACACUGCUAGCUUCUGUCUUUGCCCUCGCGCACCUUUACUGCCACGAAGCCCAAGCCAUCAACCCCUGGCUGUUUAUGGAUUUCAACAGUCAAGCUCUACCGAUCGAGGCACGCAAUGCGAAGCUCGAGACGGUGGAGGCAGCACUGCUGCAUGCACAGCGCCACACGUACGUUUUCCGGGCCCCGACGAUGCCGGGAAUGUGGGCCGAGGUCGGCACCAUCGUGGGCAUGAGUCAGGAUGUUGGGCUGAACAUUGAUGCCUCGACAUGGAAUAUCCCAGAGGGCCAGAAGAAGCGGAGGAAGAGACUCUGGUGGGCAGUCUACAUGCAAGACAAGUGGGCCGCCUUGACUCUGGGUCGGCCUUCAUACAUUCAUGACGACCAGAACGACGUCGGGGAUCUCGAGGUUACCGAUAUGAUCCCCGACCAGAGAGCCGUUGCAGAUGUGCGAGGCCUUCCGGCCAGGGUAUUCGUUGCGGCUGCCAGGCUGACCGUCAUUCUCUCCGAUAUUCUUUCUCAGCUGUACACCGUCAAGGGGGUGAAAAGGCUCCAUUCGUUGGAAAUCCAGGAAUGCCAUGACAUCGCCAGUGCUUUCUUGGCACGCCUCGACAGGUGGAGGGAAGAGCAUCUCGCUCCUCUACUUGAACACCAUAUCAUGCACGAUCCUACAGGCAACUUACAGCUCGCUUACUACACCAUCGAGAUCACAUUAUACCGCGCCAUCCUCCGCACUGCUGCCGGCCGUCAAUACCGCCAACGCUCAGCUGCUGUCGUCUGCAACGUCAUUGAUUGGCUGAAGAACCUGCAGGUAAACCGCCUGUCGGGAUUUUGGUGGCUAACUUCCAAGAUCAACUUCGCCAUCGCUGGGGGGUUUAUGGUCGGCAUGUUCCUGUCCGCCACCGAGGACGACGAGGUGAAUUAUUGGAUGAAGCAGAUCACGACAUAUCGCGACCUGCUCAAAGCACAUUCGGUCAAUUUCAACAUCACAAAGCUGGCGUCCAUUCGAAUGGACCUUCUGCUCCAGCGAGACUCUUCCAACAACGCCUCUACCGGCGAAGAUGAGGCGGAAGCAGAUCUAAAUACACGCCGUGCGGCGGCACAACUACAGGAGCUGGAAGAUCAGGAGCAACGGGUCGCCAGGGGAGGCAGUGUAGGCGAGAUCAAUGAUUCCUCAUUAUCCGAGGCUCUGCGGGAUGACUUCCCGGUCGAUCCCGCGGUGGCGUUUGGCAACACUUACGGACUGGAGUGGGACGCUGGUCUCGAUCAACUGCUUUCUAGCUUCGACUACAUCUAACUAGGAUGAAAUAGAGACAG